CCAAGGAUCUUUCCAGGCUUUGACCAAGAAACCGGGCCAGUUUGGGAACAAUAAUUAGUAGCUGCUUAAGAUUUCCUUCAUGAAAUUUCUUGCUCAGAACACCAUACUUCUCACCUUUCAGUGACACUCACAAUUUGUCAUUGUACAGCGGGCCAGACUAACUUCAUAUAAAGGAAUCAGAGCAACAAGAUUGGCCCCAACAAAAUAAUGGCAGAGAAGAAGAACCAGAAGCAUUUUGUUCUUGUACAUGGGCUAUGCCAUGGAGCUUGGUGCUGGUAUAAGCUCCAACCCCUGUUGGAGUCUACGGGUCACAGGGUCACGGCGCUUGACCUCACAACAUCAGGCAUCAACAUGAAGGCAAUCCAAGAUGUUCAAACAUUUCAUGAGUACACCAAACCACUGUUAGAGAUUUUGGCCUCUCUUCCUCCUGAUGAAAAGGUCAUUGUCGUGGGGCACAGUCUAGGAGGCAUGAAUUUAGCCCUGGCCAUGGAUGAGUUCCCAAAUAAGAUUUCAGUUGGUGUUUUCUUGACAGCUUUCAUGCCAGAUACCCUACACCAGCCAUCAUAUGUUUUAGAAAAGUAUUUGGGAGGAGUUACGGAAGAAUUAUUGAAGGAUGCUCAGCUUGUUAACAUUGGCAGCCUCCAAAUUCCUUUCACGAUAACUGUUAUGGGCCCCAAAUUCUUGUCAUCCAAGCUCUAUCAUCUAUCCUCCGUUGAGAUUUACAUACGUCACAAAUCGUGUCAUGUCUAUGCUCUUUUGAGGGACUUGGAACUUGCAAAGGCAUUGAUCAGGCCGGGAUCAUUGUUUACGGAAGACCUGUCCAAGGGAAAGAACUUUUCGGGUGAAGGGUUUGGAACCGUAACACGAGUUUAUGUUGUUUGCAACGAGGAUAACGUAAUGGUUGAGGAAUUCCAACGCUGGAUGAUUCAAAACAAUCCGCCUAAAGAUGUGUUGGAGAUUAAGACCGCAGAUCAUAUGCCAAUGUUCUCCAAGACGCAAGAAGUUUGUGAUUGUCUCUUGGAAAUAGCAAAUAAAUAUUCUCAAGGAAACUGAUUGUUUUCGUA